AUGGAUAUAACACAAAAAAUUGAUGUACAAAUGCUUAAAAAUGUAACUUAUAAAAAAUUAUUACCAUUUAUGAUUCUUGAAAGACUUUUAAUAAUUGGUCAAUAUCCUAAAAAUGAUGUAUGGCGUUUAUAUGAAAUACGUGCACGUAUUUAUACAUUAUUACAACGACCAAAUGAAAAUACAAAUUCAUUAAAAAAUGAACAUGUUAAUGAAGAACAAAGAAUGAUUCAUAGUUCAUCAAUAAUAUCAUCAUCAGAUAAUAUUCUUGUUGAACUUGUUGCAGAAUAA